UUUUUGCUCCUCUCCCCCAGUCCCAGGCCGCGAAACCACACCUCCGCUUCUUCGCCUCGCUUCCCCUCGCCAUUUCGCAGCUCGCACCCUCCACUCCCUCUUCGUCUCCGGCGAGGCGGCUCCUCCUCCCUCUCCGGCGAGUCUGCGUCAGCUGCCCGCCCGUGUCUCGCUGCCGCUCGCCGGCGGAGGCUCGCAGUCGCACGGGUGCAUCCUCUUCCGUGGCCUCGCACUGAAGGGAGAGCAGCCGGCUCGACCUCGCCUCCGUUUACGCGAGCCGACGGACAGCCACCCCGAUUCGCGUCCUAACUGGAAAAGCGCCGCCGCCGUUCGCGGUGCUCCCCCGCGGCCAUCUCCGGGGAUUCGGGACUCUCCGGCUCCCCGAUUUCCUGACUCAUCGACUGUCGGAGAUCAGGAUCGCUCCUGAAGAAAAAGUUUUCAGACAUGCUUGGGUCUCAGUGGAGCAAAGAUGAGCUCGAGCGCUUUUAUGGAGCCUACAGAAAAUAUGGAAAAGAUUGGAGAAAGAUUGCUGGUGCUAUCCGUGAUAGAACAUCUGAAAUGGUGGAGGCUCUGUACAACAUUAAUAAGGCAUAUUUAUCUCUUCCGGAGGGAACCGCUACUGCUGCGGGGUUAAUAGCGAUGAUGACUGAUCACUACAAUAUUCUGGAUGGAAGUCACAGUGAUUGUGAAAGCAAUGGUUCACCAAAAGCUUCUAGGAAGCCACAGAAGCGUGGCUGUGCUAAGUUUCAAUCUGUGUCUAAAACAUCUGAUACACGUUACCCUGAUUUAUUGCAAUCUCAGCCUGAUUCAUCGAGCUAUGGAUGCCUUUCUUUGUUGAAGAAGAAAUGUUUUGGAGACCUUUUUGUAGGGAACAGGCCACAUGCUGUUGGAAAAAGGACUCCAAGAGUACCUGUCGCAAGUAUGUACCAUCGAGAUGACAGGGGUGUAGCAAAUAGACAAGCAAAACCAGAUGCUAACAAUGGUGAUGAUGAAGGAGCUCAUGGAGCUGCGCUUGCUCUAGCAGAGGUAGGUCAAAGGGGAGGCUCACCUCAGGCUUCUCAAACACCUGGAAGAUCUGGUGAUUGUAUGUUCACGUCUCCUGUUAAAACUAGUGACCGAAAUAAUGCUGAUUCAGAGAUGGGAAGCUCAAAGUUGCAUGGGUUUCAUUUGGAUGCUGAUUACCCUGAAGGUAGCUUAGGAAGUAGGGAAGCUGAAACUGGUGACUAUUCCAAAGGUGCAUCCUAUUUGAUGACUAACGAAGGUGCUGCAUCUGGUAAGUCUCAGAAAAAAGUAAAGAGAUCUCAGAAGAGGAGGAAAAAAGCUGCACACAAAAAAGGUGAUCAGUUUGAGGAUGACAGAGAGGCUUGCAGUGGCACUGAAGAAGGGCAUAGUGCGAGAAAGGCUAAAGAGGAAUCAGAGCUGGAGGCAUUGGGAAGUAAAACUGCAUGGCCAUCUAGCACAUCGAAUAAAAGAAGUCAACUGUUUUUUUGCGAUGAAAGCUCAGCUCUAGAUGCAUUACAUACAUUAGCUGAUCUAUCUGUGAAUAUCCUUCAACCUUCUUCAAUUGUUGAAUCCGAAUCAUCAUCACAGAUUAAGGAUGAAAGCAAAGACAUUGAUUCUGAUGAAAAGCCUGGUAUGCCUUCAGCAGUAUCAGUAUAUGAGCAGAAAGUUAUAUCCAAAAGUACAGUAAAAAAACUCAGAAGGCAGUCAGAAAUUGCAAACACCGAGAUGGUUACUCGGAAAAAAGCUAAACUUGCUAAAGAUCCUCAUCAUGAUGGGAGCACCACGUCUGAAGUAAAGCAGCAAGCUUGCACAUGUGGCGUUAAAACAGAGAAAAAGAAGAGGAAAUCUUCCACGGCUAAGGUAUCUACUGAAGAAGGGAAGGUAUCUUCUAAUAAAGGUAGGCAUACUUCUCCAGCACAUACUGAUUUUGGAAAAGUAGCCAUGGAUAUCGUAGAGACAACUACACAAGUUUCAACUACUCCGCAAGCUGACUUGACAUCAAAGGGUAAAAGCCGCCGUAAAUUAGGCAUUCAGAAAUCUCAAACUCCAGAAUGUAAACCUACAGAGGGCGCUAGCGAUACCGGAAGUGAUAAAUGUUCUUACUCAGUGAAUAAUUUUAUUGAUCUUAAGGACAAACUCGCUCACUGCUUGCCGUCACGUUUGCUCCGUAGAUGGUGCAUGUUUGAAUGGUUUUAUAGUGCAAUUGAUUAUCCAUGGUUUGCAAAGAGUGAAUUUGUUGAGUAUUUGAAUCAUGUCAAGCUGGGUCAUGUUCCAAGGCUGACUCGUGUUGAGUGGGAUGUCAUAAGGAGUUCUCUUGGAAAGCCCCGUCGAUUGUCGAAACAGUUUUUGCAUGAGGAGAGAGAGAAGCUUUCUGAAUAUCGUGAUUCAGUCAGACAGCACUAUGCUGAACUUCGAUCUGGUGUUCAAGAAGGUCUGCCGACAGAUCUUGCACGACCUCUAGCAGUUGGACAGCGUGUUAUAGCCUGCCAUCCUCGAACAAGGGAACUUCAUGAUGGGAAUGUUCUGACUGUUGAUCAUAAUUGUUGCCGGGUUCAAUUUGAUCGGCCUGAGCUGGGUGUUGAGUUUGCGAUGGAUAUUGAUUGUAUGCCCUUGCAUCCUCUGGAAAAUUUGAACAAAUAUUACAACAGCUUAUUGGAACCAAAACUUGAGGAUCCAAUGAAAGAGUUGGGUAGCGGAGGUGCAGCAGGAUUCACAGCAAAUGCGAAUUUAAAUGGUGCCGAUGUAACCUUUCAUAUACCUUCUGGUCACCCAAUAAGUACUUUAAUAAAGCAAGCGAAGGGUGACACAAUUGACUCCAUUGCACAGGCCAAAGCUACAGUUAAUAAGGUUACAGUCGCUGCACAACAGGCAAUGUACAAUCAGCCAUGCACUCUAUCACAGAUACAGGAAAGAGAAGCUGAUAUAAGAGCUCUUGCUGAACUAUCACGUGCUCUUGAUAAAAAGGAAGCUUUGCUGGUAGAGCUGAGGCACAUGAAUGAAGAAGUGUCUGGAAAGCAAAAGGAUGGGGAAACUAUUAGAGACUCGAAGCAUUUCAGGGCGCAAUAUGCUAUGGUGCUUGUGCAGCUAAGAGAUUCCAAUGAUCAAGUAGCCUCAGCGUUGCUUUCACUGCGGCAACGUAACACAUAUCAUGGGAAUCCAGUACAGUCAUAUCCUAAAUCUAUGGAAAAUGGUGGAGCCUUUAAUGGAGCACCAGACCCUUAUAACCUUUCUGGUUAUAUUAAUCCAGAGUCUGGUUCCCAAGCUAUUGAAAUUAUUGAGACUUCAAGAUGCAGAGCAAAAAUGAUGGUUGAUGUCGCUAUUCAGGCGAUGUGCAAAAUGGGUGAAGGAGAGAAUGCUUUUGCAAAAAUAGGUGAAGCACUAGAUAAUCUGUAUAGAGAAUGCUUACCGGGCAUAAGACGGAUACCUCCUGAUUCGGAACAGGCAAAUACAUCCUAUCAAGAUAACGGCACACCUGGCCCUGCAACAAAUAACGCUUCCAGUCCAAGAUUGUCCGAUGGGUGUGAUUCCAGAGCUCAAUUUCCUGUGGAGUUGAUUUCGUCCUGUGUAGCUACCAUUCUUAUGAUGCAGAACUGCACGGAGAAGCAGUAUCAUCCUGCUGAAGUCACGGACGUUCUCGAUUCUGUGCUGUCGCGCCUACAACCAUGCAGCGCCCAGAACAUUCAGAUCUUCAGGGAGAUCGAGAUGUGCAUGGGCAUCAUAAAAAACCAAAUGCUGGCGUUGAUACCCACACCAAGCGGCUAGCGCUGUGCCUGCUCCAGGAACCUUGCCUAUAUAUUUCAGAAAGACAUCGGAUAAAUUGUAUGUGGUGUGUCUAUUUCUCGUUUCUAUCUUGCUAUUUGUACAAGACGUAAGUUAUUGGUUGCUGUUUGUCUAGUUGCAUCUUCUUCUGGUGUUGGUUAACGGUAAAUUUUCCAUUAGACUUGCUAUAACAAAUGUUGGUACGAGGCAUUUGGCCUUCGUUGA